UGUGUUGACACCGCACAUAUAAACCCUGGGGUGGGCUGCUUGUGUGUGUUCUACCUCUUUCACCUGCCUUUCAGCAGUGGAGGAGCAUCAGGCAGCAUGAUUCCAACCACAUGGAUCUGGGUUUUGUUCUUCUCUCUGGUCUCAGAGUCAGUUGAAUCGCUCUCAGCAGCAGAAACUCAGACAUACACCUGCAAGAUGUUCGGCAGUGGCAUAAUUCAAACUUUUAAUGCCUCCAGUUUCCACGUCCGCACCAACUGCCCGUUUACUCUCACCCACUUCACCCAUGACCAGGUUGACUAUGACAUCACCACACUGCGGGGAGACGACGGACUUCUGUCUCAAAUGGAGAUCAUCGUCAACAAAAUCAGAACUGUCGUGCAGAUUGGAGGAAUCCUGGUAGAAAAGAAAAGUGUAUCACUUCCAUAUGACCACACCUACCAGCACAUUUUCCAGUAUGGCACAUACACAAGACUGAGGAGUUUGCUGUUUCCUCUGUCUGUCACCUGGCACACGCUCCCUGCAGGAAUUGACACUGUGAUGGUGGAGCUGGAACAGGGGUUCAGCACUGAAAUGACUGGACUGUGUGGACAACCCAAUGUUUCAAGCAGUGAGGAGCAGCUGAUCACGAGCAGCAUGAUCCCUGAUGACUUCUGUCAAAUCCGGGACAACGUCUUUGCUGUGAAUCACCUGUGCAACAAGUUUUUUUCCCACACAAUGGACUGUCUCCAGGACAGGAAUCCUCACUUCCUGCGACUCUGUGAGGAGAACAUGUACAGUUACGAAAGCAGCAAUUAUGUCCGCUGCUCCUUUUUCAGUGAAGUUGUGCAGCAGUGUAGACACAACAGCUACAUCUGGAUAAUCUGGAGAACUCUAACUGGCUGUGCGGCUCCUACCUGCCCCGGGGACCUGGUGUAUGAAGAGCAGGGAGCUGCUUUUGUUCCUAGCUGUUCCAACUUUAACCCCAGUCACUCCCGCCAGAACCUCAUCAGAUCCUGUGUUUGCCCAGAGGGUUCAGUGCUAAAUGAUCAGACUGACGGCUUCCACUGUGUGAACAUUUCCAAAUGUCCGUGUAAGUUUGCCGGCAGGAGCUACGUCAGCGGAGACAAGCGCAGCACCAACUGUCAGACGUGUGUGUGUCAGGCCGGAGGGUGGCAUUGCUCUGAAAACUCCUGCCCACCCAGGUGUCUCCUGGAAGGGCAGUUUGUGACAACAUUUGAUGGCAAGCAGUACGCCGUCCCUGGUAAAUGUGCAUAUGUGGCAUCACAGGGUCUUAACUGGACCAUAAUGGUUCGGUUUUCUGAAAAAUAUUCCUCUCUACACACAGCUGUGCUGCAGCUUCCUCAGGUUACAUACACAUUCUCAAUAAACAGUGUCAAAGUGGGAGACGAGGAGAUCAGCGAACUCCAUGAGUCUGAUCAUGCCCUGGUUUUCUGGCAGUCCUCCAUGUUUGUCCAAGUCCAGACAUCUUUUGGUAUGAAGAUCCAGGUCCAGAUGUCUCCUGAGAUUCAGCUCUACAUCACUCUUCCCAGAAACAACCCUUACAACGUGUCAGGUCUGUGCGGCAACAGCAACAACGACACCACAGACGACUUCACCACAAGCACCGGGAUCGUCGAGAAUUCACCACAGCCGUUCGCUCUGUCCUGGAGCGUGGGCACUUGUGCCGCGAACAUACCCCCCAUCUGCAGCAGCACCGACAGCGAAAUCUUCGCUGAUGAGAUGUGUUCUGUACUGAGAGACCAAACUGGAAUAUUUGCCAAGUGUCAUGAUCACAUCCCAGCAGAUCAGUUCUACACUACUUGUGUCGGGAGAACCUGUAACUGUGGCAGCCACCUACAGCAGUGUUUGUGUGUUGCUCUGGGCAGCUAUGCUAAAGCCUGUGCCAUUUUGGGCGUUGCCGUUGGCGACUGGAGGAAAGCCACCAACUGCACUCUGACAUGUGCAAACAAUCAACAAUUCUUCUAUGACACACGGACCUGCAACCACACAUGUAGGUCCCUGUCUGGGCCUGACCCUCGCUGCUGGUCCGGGGAUGCUCCUGUGGAAGGCUGUGGUUGUCCAGAGGGAACUCACCUGAACCAAGGAGGAGUCUGUACUCCAAAGUCAGAGUGUGAAUGUCAUUACAGUGGUGGAGCAAUUCAGCCGGGGCCUGUGGUCAUUGAUGGACUUCAGUGCCUCUGUGAGAAUGGAGAACUACACUGUUCCAAGGACUGUGGUUGCAGGAAUGGGAAGGUUUGUUACCACUGCUCAGAGCGUCCAGUUAACACGGCCCAGAAAACCUGUGACAGUCUCGGAAAACUACAGGCUGUGGCUGUGACCUGUGAGAGCGGCUGUUACUGUCCACAUGACCAGUACGAGGACCACCGUGGAAACUGUGUUUCCAUGGACAACUGUACCUGUGUGUACAGUGGGAAAGUGUUUGCUCCAGGACAGCACGUCAAAACCAACUGUAAAACAUGCACAUGUGGUCAGGGUCGGUGGCACUGCACAGAUGAACCCUGUCCUGGCCAGUGUCAGGUGUAUGGAAACGGACACUACCAGACCUUUGACUCUAAAUGGUACCGCUUUAAUGGACACUGCCAGUACACACUUGUGGAGGAUCAUUGUGGAAAUGAAAACGGUUCGUUUUCUGUCAGUGUGGAGAGCGUUCCCUGCUGCGAUGAAGAAAUGACCUGCUCUCGGUCAAUUGUUCUGGACAUUUAUGGCACAGUCACUCUGACGCUCAGUGAUCAGAGGGUGACCAGGCGUCUUCAGACUAACACAACCUCGCCGAUGGACUUACUUUACGCCACACGCACCGUUGGACUCUACAUCAUCGUCUCGGUGCCAAGCAAAGGGAUAACGCUCAUCUGGGACAAACACACCAGAAUCACCGUGGAGCUGCAACCAAACUGGAGAAGUCGAGUGUGUGGGCUCUGCGGGAAUUUUGACUCCAGUGCGAUGAACGACCUACGGACAAGUGGCUCAGCAGUGCUGUCCAGCCCCAUGGUCUUUGGGAACAGCUGGAAGGCCGCCACGCCCCCGUGUUCUGAUGUUACCACGGAGAUGUUUCCAUGCAAACGCAACUCCUACUGCGCCGCCUGGGCCCAGCGCCGCUGCAUGAUCAUAACGUCAGACACCUUCAAAGACUGCCAUUUAAAAGUGGAUCCGGAGCCGUACUAUCAGGCCUGUGUGCAGGAGUCCUGCUCCUGUGAGUUUGAAGGGAAGUUCCUGGGCUUCUGCACAGCUGUGGCCGCCUAUGCUGAAGCCUGCAGUGACCAGGGUGUCUGUGUCAAUUGGAGAACCCCCGCACAAUGUCCCGUCUACUGCGACUACUACAACCAGCAGGGCCAGUGUACCUGGCACUACCAGGCCUGUGGAGAGGUGCUCACCUGCGGGAAAGAUGAUUAUUUCACUCACAAACUGGAAGGCUGCUACCCCAGAUGUCCAGAAGAUUCCCCGUACUAUGACGAGAACACUGGUGAAUGUACCACACUGGUACAGUGUACCUGCUCCUUUAAUGGCACUGUCACCCCGCCUGGGGCAAAGAUAAUGUUGGAGUCCAUUAUGUGGUAUACCUCAAGCACCACUGCAACAUGGACAACAGCAACAUCAACCGCGCCUACGUCACCACUCGGAACCACACCCUCAACUACUUCACCAACAACAGAAACGACUCCACCUUCACCAUCACCAUCACCCACUACACCAGCACUUACAACAGUCGAAUCGCAGUCAACCACAUCUCCGACCUCUCAAACACCAACCACCACCAACGACCAGUCAACUACUAAGUCAUGGUCAGAGGUACCAUCAACUACACCAAUCCCAACAACCGAACCUGCCUCCACCACCUCAGCGACUGUGAGUACCUCAAGCACCACUGCAACAUGGACAACAGCAACAUCAACCGCGCCUACGUCACCACUCGGAACCACACCCUCAACUACUUCACCUACAACAGAAACGACUCCACCUUCAUCUUCACCAUCACCCACUACACCAGCACUUACAACAGUCCAAUCGCAGUCAACCACAUCUCCGACCUCUCAAACACCAACCACCACCAACGACCAGUCAACUACUAAGUCAUGGUCAGAGGUACCAUCAACUACACCAAUCCCAACAACCGAACCUGCCUCCACCACCUCAGCGACUGUGAGUACCUCAAGCACCACUGCAACAUGGACAACAGCAACAUCAACCGCGCCUACGUCACCACUCGGAACCACACCCUCAACUACUUCACCAACAACAGAAACGACUCCACCUUCACCAUCACCAUCACCCACUACACCAGCACUUACAACAGUCGAAUCGCAGUCAACCACAUCUCCGACCUCUCAAACACCAACCACCACCAACGACCAGUCAACUACUAAGUCAUGGUCAGAGGUACCAUCAACUACACCAAUCCCAACAACCGAACCUGCCUCCACCACCUCAGCGACUGUGAGCACUGCAACAUGGACAACAGCAACAUCAACCGCGCCUACGUCGGCGACUGCCACCGUCGUCACGUCUACUGUAACGUGGUCAGAAACGACUCCAAACUCGCCUUCACUUACAACGGGCACCACCGGCCUCUCAACCUCUGCUGCAACACUGCCACCGUCGACCACCUCUGGGACGGAGCCGCCCACGUCUGUGGGACAGACCACGGCCUUACAACCGUCUACGUCCACAGCAGCUGCCCCAGAAUCUACGACCGUCAAGGUCGUGACAGCGGGUCCACACACGCCAAAGCAUCACAGCACGACACAUAGUUGCGAGGAGUGUAGGGAUCUGAAGAGGAAAAAGACCUGGGCUUGCAACGAGGUGUGGACGGAGGACUGUUUCAAUAAGACCUGUGUUGGUGGGAAAAUUGAGUUGACCCCCGUGGUCUGUCCGGAACCCACGGUUCCUACGUGCCCCAGAGACCGAGUCACAAAAGUUUCAGAUGGAUGCUGUGAAACAUGGAAAUGCGACUGUCGUUGCGAUCUUUAUGGCGAUCCCCAUUACAUCACCUUUGAAGGUGUCGCCUUCGAUUUCCUGGAUGAGUGCACCUACAUCCUGGUGGAGGAGCGGUCACCUCAGCAUCAUCUGUCCAUUUCUGUGGACAACUUCUUCUGCAUGCCCGGCUCAGCCUCCUGUGCUAAAGGCAUCUCCCUCCGAUACCAAAGCCACGUGGCCACACUGAGCAUCAUCCAGCCUUUUCGCACAGUACAAGUCGCCCUCGACGGUAAAAUCAUUCAGCCGCCAUACGAGGAACACGGGCUGAGGUUUGAAACUACAGGGUAUGUGGUGUCGGUCCACCUCCCAGACGUCCGCUCCUAUGUCUCUUUAAGUCCUUCGUACACCCUAGUGGUCAAUCUGGCCAUGGAGCAUUUCUUCAACAACACGCAGGGACAAUGUGGUGUGUGCGGUGGUCCGUCCUGUGUACGUAGAGAAGGGCAAAUCGAGGACAACAGUUGUUGUGAUAAAACGGCCUAUGACUGGGUCGUGGCCGACCCUCUGAAACCCGCCUGCAGUUCGGCGCCCAGGAAUGUGUCCUGUCAUCCGACAACACCAACUGACGGCCCCUUCACCCGCACCACCACCUGCCCUUCAAACCCCGUCUGUGAACUGCUGGAGCAUCCAGUCUUUUCAGAGUGCAGAGAGAAGGUCAACCUGCAGCUCAAAAAGAGGAACUGUCAGACGGACUCGUGUGGGAACAGAGCUGUUCCGUGUUCUGCUCUAGAACAAGCGGCCGAGGAGUGCAAGAACGCCGGCGUCUGUGUGGACUGGAGAACACUGACCGAUGGCCGCUGUGACGUAGCUUGUUCAACAGGACUGGUCUACAGAGAGUGCAGCGACAAACUGGACGACUUCUGCUACGGAGGACAACAACAUCCAGGGUCCUCGCUGGACAAGGCCAGCUCAGGGUGUUUCUGUCCUAGUGGUCAGAUAAGAGCUGGGAAAUACUCCGUCAACUGCGUGUCCAACUGCUCUUAUUGUAAAGGACCAAUGGGAGAGCCCAGACUGCCUGGUGAAGUGUGGAAGUCCAACUGUCUUCUGUGUACGUGUAACAGCCAGACUCUGACAGAGCAGUGUUUUCCAAAGCCCAGUCCACCUGCCCCUCUCUGCAGCCCCGGCUCUGUCCCCGUGAACGUUUCCUGCUGCGGUGACCAGGCCUGCGUUGAGAAGACCUGCAGUUAUAAGGACAAGACGUACAAGAUAGGAGACACGUGGAAAGAUGCGGCCCUUCCCUGCAUGUCGUUCAACUGCACCAAAGAGGGAGUACAUACGGUUACGGACAGCGUUACCUGUCCAGAAGACCGCUGUCCAGGAGACGAGGUGAGGAGGGUCGAGGAAAAACAGCCGAUCUGCUCAACAUGUGAAGUCAACUGUUCGCCAAAGAUGUCCCGCUUUGACCUCAACAUGAGCGGCUGUGCUACAAAUAUUGAGCUGCCAGUGUGCCAAGGUUUAUGUCUGCCGCAGCACAGGGUGGCAGUGCUGCAUGGUGACCUGCAGGUGGUGCAGAGUAACAGAUGCUGUCAGGAGCGGAGUUCAGUCAAGAGGUCAGUGACCCUGCAGUGCUCUGACCACACCAGCAGACUGUUCACCUACGAGCAUAUCACCAGCUGUGAGUGUAGAACCUGCGGGAUACUGCGCUGAGAAGUACUUUAAAAAAUAACGACGUUUAUCCAAUCAGUUAAUAAUAAUCUGUUAAAUUCAGCAGACAUUGAUUUAAAAAAAUACAUUUUUCUCUCUUCGUAUUCUUCAUUUUAAAUAAAUCCUCACGGUGAA